UUCAAAUAGCCCAUUUCACUACGAUUUCUCACGCAAAUUAGCGAAGUGCGACGAUCAGAUUCCGAGCAUAUAAUCAACUGACCAAUCAAAUGUUGAUGGAUGCAUGUACAAUCUAUUACUAAUAAUAGUAACAUUAAAAUAAACAAAGGAAAUUUACAUGGCGGAUUCUUAUCACAAAGUUGAAAUAUUUCGAGAAAUAUGCCGUUAUACUGCAUAGUUAAAGGGUGUAAAAACGUGUCGGGUGGAGGGACUAAUGUCAAAUUUCACCGUUUACCGGUAAAUAAUUUACAGAACUGUAAAGAAUGGUUAAUCAGGGCAGGAAUGACUGAAAAAGAAGCUUCAAAAGUGACCGUGAAACAAUGCCGUUCAUGGCGAAUAUGCUCAGCACAUUUUCAGUCGUCACGUCAAUCUAAUGAGCCGUUUCUCCCAACAAUCAGUAUUCCAGAUUAUGAAAGAAAACAAGCUGCAGCUACACUCUUACAACUAGGAGUUUCACAAGAUACAGCUUUACCGUCAACCAGUCAUGCUAACACACACAAUUUGGUACCAGAGACAUGUUCGACUGAUACAAUCAUGUUACUUAUACUUCAGUGAAAAAAAUACUUUUAAGUUUUCAUUCAACUCUAGAAUUUUAGUGUUGUUACACCGGAAUAAAAUACCGGUAUAUGAAAAAAGUGAUUAUAUUUAAAAUAAACUAGUAUAAAAGUUAUACUUUAGAAACUUGGAAACUGUUGCAUUAUUUAAUCGGUACAAGAAUGACUAUGAAAUUAAAUUUUCAGGACAAAGCUCUUCCUUAUAUCUUCAUGUUUGUAAAAGCAAUAUUUCACAGUUGCAUCAGUCUUAUUGUAUAACAUACAUUCUAUUACAAAAUCAUAUAUUUUUUUAUUAUUUGAUUUGUUUAAUUUCAUUUCUUGAAAUUCAUUGUUUAAUUUUUUUAUAGCUACUGAAGUAGAACCCGGUGAUAUACAGCCACAAAUAUUGAAAAAAGGUGCAUCUUAAAGAAAAUUGUUUAUAGAAGCAGAGGCUCAGGUUACUCUUAAAGGACAAAAGAAACAACGCACAAAGGGUCUUCAGAGAACCCCACCUGCUUCUAAGUACACUGGAGCCGCGAUAUAGCGCUCUUCGGUAUAGCGCUAAUCUCAGUAGAACGCUAAUAUGCCUUGGCUCCCAAAAAAAAGGUCGUAUUUUUCGCCGAUUAUAAUUUUUUUUUCAUGUAUAUCAAUACCGCACCUUAUCCACUAUAACGCUUGUUCAAUGUGUCAGUCGAGUGCAAUAAACAGUCAUAAUUACGUCACUCAUGAUAAGAAGGUGUGAAGUCAUAAACAGGUAAGCGUUA